AUGGCGGACCCACCCGCGGGAGGGCCCGAGACCCCUCCCACAAACACGCAAGAAACCAUUGCCAGCUUCACGGAGGACGACCUCGAAGCCAGAACUGCUGUCGAAAGUCGGAAGCGGACUCGGAGUGGAGAUAUCUUCGCUCCGUCGGACCCAGCCGGUCGAAUCACCACCAAGGAGGUGUGGAAACUGAUCAGCACGCUAAAGGACGUCAUUCGCCACCAAACCACGACCAUCGCAGCCACCCAAAAUGAACUCCAGGAGAUCAAGCACACCCAGAACGUCCUCCACGAACAAAACGAGAGACUCCAUGAGGAAGUGAAAGCACUACGGGUGCAGCUCGAAAGCGCCCCAGCAGUGACCGCGACUAGGACCUAG